GUGGGGUCCCCAGAGCGGGCGCACAUCCCGAGCGGCCUCGGAUUGCUCAGCCGGAGGCCCGAAUUCCCCUCCCUCUUUCUGUCCGUCCCUCCCCUCCCCCCUCCCCCCUUUCCUGCUGCCUGCUGGCACCCGACUCGCUGAACCUCUUCUCUUGGGGCCCUCUUCCCCUUGGCCGGAGUCUCGUCCCGUACAACUUCGGGACAGUGCCUUUGGUGUUGAAUGUUCCCCUCGGAGAGCGUAUGGCUGAGGAAGCGAGGCGAGGGCAGGGCCCCCGAAGGGCCGCCGUCAGGGAGGCGGUGAUGCUGCUGCUGUGCCUGGGGGUUCCGUCCGGGCGCCCCUACAACGUGGACACCGAGAGCGCGCUGCUUUACCAGGGCGCCCCUGACACCCUCUUCGGCUACUCAGUGGUGCUGCACAGCCACGGGCCGACCCGAUGGCUCGUAGUGGGGGCUCCCACGGCCAAAUGGCUCACCAAUACUUCAGUGGUCAACCCCGGGGCGAUUUACAGAUGCCAGAUCGGAAAGAAUCCAAACCGGACUUGUGAACAGCUCCAGCUGGGUAGCCCUGGUGGAGAGCCUUGUGGAAAGACUUGUUUGGAAGAAAGAGACAAUCAGUGGUUGGGGGUCACACUUUCCAGACAGCCCAAAGAAAAUGGAUCUAUCGUGACUUGUGGACAUAGAUGGAAAAAUAUAUUUUAUAUGAAGAAUGAAAAUAAGCUCCCCACGGGUGUUUGCUACGGAAUGCCCUCUGAUUUGCGGACAGAACUGAGUAAAAGAAUAGCUCCGUGCUAUCAAGAUUAUGUGAAAAAUUUUGGAGAAAAUUUUGCAUCAUGUCAAGCUGGAAUAUCUAGUUUUUACACAGAGGAUUUAAUCGUGAUGGGAGCUCCAGGAUCAUUUUAUUGGACCGGCUCUCUUUUUGUCUACAAUAUAACUACAAAUAAAUAUAAGGCUUUUUUAGACAAAGAAAAUGAAGUAAAAUUUGGAAGUUAUUUAGGAUACUCAGUUGGAGCUGGUCAUUUUCGGAGUAGGCAUACCACCGAAGUAGUUGGAGGAGCCCCUCAACAUGAACAGAUUGGUAAAGCGUACAUAUUCAGCAUUGAUGCAAAAGAACUAAAUAUCUUAUAUGAAAUGAAAGGUAAAAAGCUUGGCUCUUAUUUUGGAGCUUCUAUCUGUGCUGUGGACCUCAAUGCAGACGGCUUCUCAGACCUCCUCGUGGGAGCUCCCAUGCAGAGUGUCAUCAGGGAGGAAGGAAGAGUGUUCGUGUACAUCAACUCUGGCUCGGGAGCAGUAAUGAAGGAAAUGGCAACAGAGCUCAUGGGAAGUGACACAUAUGCUGCAAGAUUUGGGGAAUCUAUAGUUAAUCUUGGCGACAUUGAUAAUGAUGGCUUUGAAGAUGUUGCCAUUGGUGCUCCACAGGAAGAUGACUUAGGAGGCGCUAUUUAUAUUUACAAUGGCGGAGCAGAUGGGAUCUCACCAGCCUUCUCACAGAGAAUUGAAGGGCUUCAAAUCAGCAAAUCCUUAAGUAUGUUUGGACAGUCUAUAUCUGGGCAAAUCGAUGCAGAUAAUAAUGGAUAUGUAGAUGUAGCAGUUGGUGCUUUUCGGUCUGAUUCUGCUGUAUUGCUAAGGACAAGACCUGUAGUGAUUGUCGAAGCCUCUUUAGGCCAUCCUGAGUCAGUAAAUAGAACGAAUUUUGACUGCACUGAAAAUGGAUUGCCUUCUGUGUGCAUGGAUCUAACACUCUGUUUCUCAUACAAGGGCAAAGAGGUUCCAGGUUAUAUUGUUUUGUUUUAUAACAUGAGUUUGGAUGUGAACAGAAAGGCAGAGUCUCCAUCAAGGUUUUACUUUUCUUCUAAUGGAACUUCUGAUGUCAUGACAGGAAGCAUGAAAGUGUCAAGCACAAUCACUAACUGUAGGACACAUCAAGCAUUUAUGCGGAAAGAUGUGCGAGACAUCCUCACCCCAAUUCAGAUCGUAGCCGCUUACCAUCUCGGGCAUCACAUCAUCAGUAAACGGAGUACGGAGGAAUUCCCACCACUCCAGCCAAUUCUUCAGCAGAAGAAAGAAAAAGACAUAAUUGAAAAAACAAUAAACUUUGCAAGAUUCUGUGCCCAUGAAAAUUGUUCUGCUGAUUUACAAGUUUCUGCAAAAAUUGGAUUUAUGAAGCCACAUGAAAAUAAAACCUAUCUCACUGUUGGAAGUAUGAAGACAUUCCUGUUGAAUGUGUCCUUGUUUAAUGCUGGAGAUGAUGCAUAUGACACAACUCUGCAUAUCAGACUACCCACUGGUCUUUACCUCAUUAAGAUUGUAGAUCUGGAAGACAAGCAGAUAAACUGUGAAGUCACAGACAGCUCCGGCCUAGUCCAACUUGACUGCAAUGUUGGUUACAUAUAUGUAGAUUAUCUCUCAAGGGUGGACGUUAGCUUUCUCCUGGACGCGAGCUCACUCAGCCAAGCAGAAGAGGACCUGAACAUCACAGUGCAUGCCGCCUGGUGUGUCCCUCUGCGGAAAAUACCUGUGCUAAAGGCACUUUGGGAGGAGGGCCUUAGGCAAACCAAAAAUGAAAAUGAAGGGGAGAUGGGCCAUCUGAAACGCAACAAAGUGACGUUAGCAAUACCUCUGAAGUACGAAGUCAUGCUAACUGUUCACGGGUUUGUAAACCCAACUUCAUUUAUGUAUGGAUCAAUGGAGGACUACGAGCCUGAAAUGUGUAUGCCAGAGAAAAUGAACUUCACUUUCCACGUUAUCAACACUGGCCAUAGCAUGGCUCCAAAUGCUAGCCUGGAGAUAAUGCUACCGAAUUCUUUUAUCCCCCAAACUGAUAAGUUGUUCAACGUUUUGGAUGUCCAGACUACUACAGGGGAAUGCCAUUUUACAAAUUAUCAAAGAGUGUGUACAUCAGAGCAGAAAAAAGGCACAAUGGAGGCCCUGAGCGACAUAUUUACAUUCUUGUCGAAGACUGAUAAGAGGCUAUUGUACUGCACAAAAGCUGAUCCACAGUGUUUAAGGUUCUUAUGCAAUUUUGGGAAAAUGGAAAGUGGAAAAGAAGCCAGUGUUCACAUUCAGGUGGAAGGCCGGCCAUCCCUCUUAGAAAUGGAUGAGACCUCAGCACUCAAGUUUGAAGUCAGAGCAACAGCUUUUUCAGAGCCAAAUCCGAAAGUGAUUGAACUCAACAAGGAUGAGAACGUGGCAUAUGUUUGGCUUGAAGGACUACAUCAUCAAAGACCCAAACGUCAUUUCACUAUAGUGAUCAUUUCAAGUAGCUUGGUACUUGGACUUAUUUUAUUUUUAUUGAUUUCAUAUAUUAUGUGGAAGGCUGGCUUCUUUAAAAGACAGUACAAAUCCAUCCUACAAGAAGAAAACAGAAGAGACAGUUGGAAUUAUGUUACCAGUAAAAUCAAUGAUGAUGAUGACUAAAGACUCCUUUUAAAUGGAGAGAACAGACUCAAGUAUCUAAUUUAAGGCAUCGUUUACAAGAAACCAUGAACUUCGCUCAGCUCGGAGUUCUUUCAAGUACUUCUUUUACUCAUAAGACACAAUAUGGCACAAGGUUAAUGCAAAUGAAAAAUCCAAGCUAUGAUACUCUUUAAGACAAAAUAACUGCAAAGAAAGGACAGCAUUUCAAGUGUUAUUGAAAACGAUGUGUUAUAAUUGCCAGAAGACAUGAAUUUUGGAGGAGCAAGAAGGACACAGCUCCCUAUUGGGUCAGAUCCUGCAUUAUUUAAUGUAAAAUUUAUUAUAAACUUUAUUAUGAAUUUUAAAACUCUACCACUUCAAAAAAGAUUUACAAAAUU